AUGCAGAGCUUCCGUGCAGCCUUCAGCAAGGGCCUCAGUGCACUUCAGAACCACCAGGAACAGAAACAAUGGGUAGAGGCACGCGAAGUCUACGAGGCACUGAGCGACGCAGUCGAUGCACUUUUACAGUUGGAUGUCAUCGGGGAGCGGCAUCUAAAGUCGUUGCAAUCGUUGAAGAAGACGAAGUUGGGUGGUAUGAGUGCCACUCGGCGAUCCUUGAUCGCCAGAGAGGCGCUCAAGAACGGAGAGUUCCGAGAAGCCCUGCUGUUACUCGUCACCAGCGAAGAAGGCAAGGACCUCUGCGAUGAGAUUCAAGACAAACUAUUUGAGCAGAACUUGAGUACAACUCAGGAUGAGGGAGUGCUGCAUGAGCGGUUCUCUGUCUUGGGAGCGUUCUUAGAAGCGGCAGGCGACAACCCACCCGACGAAUUAAGGGAAACUUGGCAGUGGGUUCGCCAAGCAUGCAGCCGAGCAAAACCUCAGAUAGAAGCGACAGCCCAAGAGAAACUGAUGGAUACGGUCUCGGCCGCAAGUGCAGCAGAUUUCGUUGCAUUUGCUGCCUCGCUCCUGCCCUUGAAGAAGGCAUCAUGUUUUCUGACGCCUCAGCAACUGCUGCAGGCGAAGCAGGCAGUGCAGUCCUUUCUGCAGCACCUGACGAACAUUGUCGAGCAGGUGGCCAAUGAGAUCCAAGCUUUGGACCUGCAGGCGUUGCGCCUGAGUCUGGGAAACGUCAAGCUCUGGCUGGACACGUUUCAGAACCUCAGCGGAGAGGAGAAGGAGGCUGUGCAAGAUCAGCUAGACCUGAAACUGGGCUUGCAGGCAUGGAUCAGCAAGUCUCUGGCCGACGCUAUGAAGGGCUUGAUGGAACCCAAAGCUGUCCUCGUUGCGGUCGAAACGUGGGACUUUCGCGAGAUCAGCGUGCGUUGUCGUGUAGCGGCAGAGCUGGAUGCCGUUUUGAAGACAGGCCUGAUCGACAUGAGCCACAUUGAGAAGUACCUUGCCCAACGUCACGAUUCGGCAAUCCACGAACUCGAAAAUCACACCGGCAGCCUGAAAGGGUUCAAUGCUGAGCUGAAAGUCUUGCAGAAUGUUACCCACGAGCUUCCCGAGUGUCGAGCUGCCAGCCAUCUUGUGGCUCAGCUUGGCAAGGCACUGCGUGAGAAUCUUCUGGACCGGCUCUCGGACAAUUUGCGUUGUGCCCGUGACGUUCCGGCUGUUGUUGCAGCCAGCACUGAGUUGCGUCAAGUGGCUUUCGAUGCCCCAGACACGUAUGAGUGGGUGACAUCAUCAUUGUCUGCAGCCCUACAUCAUUUGCAGAACCUGGCUGAAUUUGGAGUCAAUGGCAUGCAUGUGUGUGGCAGCCAGCUCGCAACAACACCAAUAGGAAAAGCUAUCAUUGGUGAGCACGAGGACGUCUUCGGUGCGGCAAACGAGGAAGAACGUAACAUCUCGUUUCGACGAGCUGGUGAGACCCAUGACUUGAACAGCAUAGUCAGUCGUCUGUCUGACGAAUCUGGAUUGGGCGAAGAUGAGAAGCAGUGGUUGGAGCAGGCCUUGACAGCGCACGAGUCGGCUUCGAAAGAUCUUCUGGAAAAGUACCUGUACCAAACUGGAGCUUGCCUAGAUGUUGCACGAAAGCAGGCGAAGGAAAACUUGGACAUGGCAGUGCAGCAAUGCAAGCAAGAUCAGAACGACGACUCUACCCUAGCAGUGAUCGUGCACCUCUCGGUUUGCUACACACUUGUGAAAUCUGGGUCGGCAUUCUUUCUGUCUGCAGUGCAGUCGCAGCAGGACAUGCUUGUCAUCCCGCACAGGGCGCAAAUUCUCACUGUCCUCCGGUUUUUGCAAGUUGCUCACAAGACAUCCAAGCGAAAGUUCUGGCCAGCAAUGUUUUGCCGAAGAGGUGACAAGACCAACAAGAGGAUCUACAUGAACCACCUUGCGCAAGUACAGACUGGAGAAGGGAAGUGUUUGACUCUGGGGCUUUUGGCCGCGCUACUUGCAGUCAACGGCAUCGAGAGCGACGUCGUGUGCUACAGGCAAAUCUUGACGGAUCAGGAUCAUCAGGCCAUGCUUCCUUUCUUCGAGUUCCUCGACAUCAAGGACAAAAUUCGCUACCGUACACUUGACCAGCUCUGCAGUGAACGGCUUGGCGACUUGACCAAGGCAUCCACGGAGCUGGUUGAGAAGCAAAGUGUCAGCGUGGCCAGGCAUCAACUCCAGCUGGGCCAUCGCGCGCUGCUGCUUGAUGAAGUCGAUGUUCUUUUCAGUCGCAAGUUCUAUGGCCACACGUGGGACGGUGCGUUCAAGCUGGUCUCGCCGCAGGCCCAAGCUUUGGUCCGGUUCGUGUUCGCAGAGUUCUCCAACGGACGCCUGAGCAGUUUGAUGAACAUCACUGCUUCCAAGGCGUUCAAGGAGUUGGUGGGCCAUUACCCGCCGGCUUUGCAUCGAGCCUUGGCAAGCGUGGCGGUUCAGUUGGCCGACAAUGUGCAGGAGUGGAACAAGCCGGAGCCGUUCCUUGACUCUUCUCAAUCGCGCAUUGGCUACAAGGACAGAGAUGAUGUAAAUUACGAAAUAUGCCACGCCAACAAGACCGUCUUCGCAUAUCUGAACUUUGAGAAGACAGGCAAGCUCGCGGCAGAACAAGUGAAGCCGCAUGUUGGCAUCGACCUGUUGUGUGGCCGCUUCUCCUUCGCGGACCUGCCGAACAUGUACUCUUUGAUUUUGGGAGUCACGGGAACCCUCAGGGAGCUGUGGGACAUUCCGGAAUUCAAAGACAUGCUUCAGAAAGAGUACGAGAUCAAUCACUUCACAUACCUGCCAUCCAUUUUCGGAACCAGUCAGCUUCUUUUCAGACCAGUGGAGCAUGUUUCGGUAUUGAAAAAUGAGCAAGAUUGGAUGUCGAGGAUAGCAGCUCUUGCAAGUCAGGAGAGCAAAGCUGGCAACUCUGUAUUGGUGUUCUUCAAGAACCACCGCAAUCUCGCGAAGUAUCCAUCGUGGCGCAAGACGGAAUGUCUCACCGAGCAAACUGAUCUCAAGCGGAGGAGUGGCUACAUCGCAGCGGCCACAGCAAGUGGUCAAAUCACACUGCUGACGCGCGCUUUUGGCAGAGGCAUCGAUUUCCAGAUGCCUAGUGACGAUGGGCACACAGUCGUUGUUAUUCAAACGUUCUUGUCCAGCCUCAUCAGUGAGGAGAGACAGCUCAAAGGGCGAACAGCACGUCAAGGAAAAAAGGGCAAGUUCCUGCAGGUUCUGUGCGCUGAAGAGCUGUCUGCCAAGAUGGGCUUCACGGAGCAGGACCUGGAAACGCUUACGGGAGGUGUCGAAUCAUCGAUCCUCAAGAUCUUGCGAGACAAGCAGCAUGAAAAGACAGUGGCAAAGAUGGCAGGGCUAGUGCAAAGACGCAAGACAUCUUCCGUCCAUGAACAACAGACAAGAUCAUUCGAAAAGCUGGUGUUCAGAGAUGAUGCUUCGGUCGAAGACAAGCUGAGAAAGCUGGCAAGCCUCAACGAACAGUCUGCCAACAUCAACAUACAUUAUUCAGUCAUUUUGGACACCUCGGGCUCCAUGGCAGGAAGAAACCAACGACAGAUGAACAAGGCUUUCAACCACUUUCAGAAGGAGCUGUGUGCGCAAGAGCUGAAGGGAAGCCACAUCCGCGCAUCGGUCAUCCUUUUCGAAACUUCUGCCCAGGUCAUCUCGCAGCAGACGCGGCCAUCGGACAUUCCGGAUAUUUCAUGUCAUCAAGCUCAAGGUGGGACCAACUUCAGUCGCGCUUUCGAGGCGUGCCACACGGUGAUGCAAGAAUCUGCAUCUGACACCCAUGAGUUCAUUCUGUUCUUGACAGAUGGCCAGGCGGAGUUCCCAGAGACAGCACUCAAUGCACUUCUUGCAGCAUUCGAAGGUCGGAUCAAAGGCUUGACUUGUGUUGCUGUGGGUGGCGACGAAAACACUCUACCAGCCUUGCAGCAAAUCGGGCACGUUUUCCAAGCACGGAACAUCGCGUUUAAUCUUCGCGAUGCUGAUGACGAGGCAACCUUAGUCGAGGUGUUUGGUGAAGUAGCCGCCAGCAGUCGUGCGAUCCACCUCCGGUGA